GUCUCCCCUCAGCUGAGACUUGGGACUCUGUACCCGGGAGGCGCGCCCGGCAACUUGGGACCCGCCUCCAGGGUCCCAGAGCGACCCCGCCCGCCCGGGCUGUGUUCCUGCCAGCGGCUCCCAGGCAGGAGCCUGCGAGCAGGUGGGGGCGGCGGCCCCGCCUCCGCGUCCCGGCAGCACCAGAGCUGGCGGCCGGGGAGCAAGCCGGGCGCACUGAGCGCAGCACCGAGCACGGCUCGGCGGUAGCGGCGCCGCCUGGAGCACGGGAGCUGCGGGACCGAGCCCAGAGUCGGAGGCGGCAGCUGCGAAGACGUCGGCCGGAGCUCGAGUCCAGUCUAGCCCCCGGCUCCGCCACCUGCAGAGCAGAAGCCACUCUUUUGGGACCAUUCAUAAGCAGGAGACAUCAACACUGUGACACAUGCCAGUGCCACCGCCGCCACCACCUCCUCUGCCUCCACCUCCCCCUCCACUGGGGGCUCCUCCUCCUCCCCUACCAUCAGCACCUCCGGUAAGCACAGACACCUCCAGCUUGAGAAAGGCAAAUCCGAAAGGCCGGAGUGCACUGUUGGCUGAUAUCCAGCAAGGAACUCGCCUGCGAAAAGUCACACAGAUCAACGACCGCAGUGCCCCGCAGAUUGAGAGUUCUAAAGGAACCAACAAAGAAGUAGGGGGUUCUACAAACACAAGAAGCGCAAGCACACCCCCGGCCCUGGGAGAUCUGUUUGCUGGUGGCUUUCCUGUGUUGCGACCAGCAGGCCAGCGGGAUGUAGCAGGUGGCAAAACAGGGCAGGGCCCUGGCUCCCGCGCGCCCUCUCCCAGGCUUCCCAAUAAAACCAUCAGCGGCCCACUUAUCCCACCUGCGUCUCCCAGGCUAGGCAAUACCUCCGAGGCGCACGGCGCUGCCAGGACAGCCCCGCCUCGCCCCAACGUGCCCGCCCCGCCCCCUCCCACUCCACCUCCUCCGCCCCCUCCCUUACCCCCACCCCUUCCCUCUUCUUCCCCCAACAAAACGCCGUUGGUGUCCCCUUCUGGUCCACUGACCAAAGGGAACCCCCCGGUGGUUGCACCCCCUGCUCCCUGUGCGCCACCACCUCCACCUCCGCCACCUCCCCCAACGCCACCCCCGCUUCCCCCUUGUCUCAGUGACAAGGCAGUGAAGCCUCAGCUAGCCCCCUUGCACCUCCCGCCCAUCCCGCCCCCGCUCCCUCUCCUCCCACCUUGUGGGUAUCCCGGGCUCAAUGCGGAGCCCGCCACCCCUGCGCAAGAUGUGCAGGAGCCUCCAGCCCCACCGCCCCCACCGCCCCCACCGCCCCCGCUUCCUCCUUAUGCCUCGUGCUCCCCGAGGGCUUCUUUGCCCGCGCCCCCUUUGCCAGGAGCUAAUAAUAGCAGUGAAACCCCACCCCCACUACCCCCCAAGUCCCCCAACUUCCAGGCCCCACCGCAGAAGGCGGGCGCGCAAGCCUUGCCGGCGCUGCCUGCCCCUCCGGGCUCCCAGCCGUUCCUGCAGAAGAAGAGGCACGGCCGACCAGGGGCCGGUGGGGGAAAGCUAAAUCCGCCUCCAGCACCCCCUGCGAGAUCACCCACUACAGAGCUUUCAAGCAAGAGCCAGCAGGCCACAGCCUGGACCCUGAUGCAGCAGCCUGGGGGUCAACUGCGAAAUGGAAGCCUGCACAUCAUUGAUGACUUUGAGUCCAAAUUCACGUUCCAUUCUGUGGAAGACUUUCCCCCUCCGGAUGAAUAUAAACCAUGCCAGAAGAUUUACCCCAGCAAGAUCCCCAGAAGCCGUACACCUGGUCCCUGGCUCCAAGCUGAAGCAGUUGGGCAGAGCUCUGAUGACAUCAGAGGCAGAAAUUCUCAGUUAUCUCUAAAGACUCUCCGGUGAGAAGACAGAUGAAGCCAAGGUCCUGGGGUCCCAGGUUGCGAACAACAUGUCAGACUCUGCCCACCCCAUGCUCAAGCUGUAAUUCAGUUGGCAUACAGGCUUGUAAUUGAGAAUUUAUUUAUUGUAAAUAUGUGGUUUGCACGGGCUUUAAAGCAGUAUUUUAAUUGACUUUUAUUUGAGUAAUAUUUUUUAAAACACCCCUCAUUUUUCCAUUUUUUUUACACUGCAUCUUGGCAUUCGUCUGUCAGCACAGAUAGAGCCCUGUCCCUCCACGUAGUGCCCACUCUAUGACUGUGAAUAUGCUUGCGGGCUGGCCCUUCCUACAUUCUGAACCCUCUAUAGACAAUCCUCAGUUUGCAGGUAGCCCCAAAGUUUUAAAUAUCCACAACAGCUUCUUCUUGGCAUGAUUUUAUAUUCUCAUCACACCAACUGCAAAAUCAAACCAAACAAUGCCUUAUCAGUGAUGCAACUCAGAGGAAGGAGUGUGUCCCCCACACCCAGACCGUGCCACACAGCCUCCAGGGAACGAGAUGCCACGUCUCGCUUCCGUUUUGCAGUACAGGGAUUUGUUUUUUCGUUUGCUGCCUAAUGUAAAUAUAUCACCAAGUAAAGGCAAGAGUGGGCUUGGCCCCUCCAAUGCCGACCACAGGGCCCCUUUUGUAACUGAAUAAUCCUCCAAGUAGCCAAUGUUCCUACUGUUUACAGUGGCCCUAGGGCCUGAGUCUCUGUCACCUUCCUCCUUUUCUCUCCAAGUUCCCAGUCCCAUCCCAGUAGCCAGCUUUAUGAGAUUUUGGUAUUUCUUCCCUACAGAUUAAAAACAUACACAACUCAUCAUUACGCUAAACUACCAAUUCUGUCUCAGAGGUCUGUCCUCUGCCCUUGCUUCACAUGUGGAUUUCCAUGGAAAAUAUAACAUGAAAAAGUAUAGAACGAAACAUCUUGUGAAACACCUGC